GUGAUGAAGACUCCAUGCAGAAGCCGGAAGGACGUGUCGGAGUUGAUAACCCCGGGCAGCAGUGAAAGGAGACCUUCGUUGCUCUCAGAUAAUCAGGAACGGUCCUGGGAUCUUCCAACACCCCCUGAUCAGCGCUUGUCCCGCAGCCAGUCUGACAUGUUCUCUCCACAGCCACCUCUCUUACUGCGCUCUCAGGAUCUAUACAAUGACCUCUUGCAUGACACUCCUGCCCGCAUUAACCCUUUCUCGCAGAGAGAAGACCUCAAGGGUGGAAGAAUUAAGCUUUACGACACACCAAGCAAAUCAGUCAUUUCAUUGACAUUUGACCUUCCACCUCCACUGACUUACCAGACCAGCAGUCCGAUCACCCCCGAACCCAUGGUGGAUGCCCAGUGUGAU